ACUAAUAGUGAAACGUCAAAGUCAAAAGUGACGUGAUGUGUUAACCUAUAAAAUGAAAGUGUGCUAAAGAAAGCUUUUAAAAACAAAAUGCAAUCGCCUGACAAAAAUGAGGGGGACGGACCACACCAUAAACAUCGUACACACUACAAAUUUAGCCCAGAAGAAGUAAGAGUGAUAAAAGAAUGUAAUCGCGAAGCCUUCUACCAAAGAUGCAUGCCUUUAAGUGCACUGUUUGGGUUUACAACUUAUCUGGGUGUUAAAUCAGGACGUUUUCGUGCGAAUCCUCGGUUUGGAGCUAUUCCAAAAGUAACAGCUUCUGUGGUGGUAGGGUAUUUUUUGGGAAAAUUUUCGUAUCAGUCAAAAUGCGCGGAAAAAUUAAUGCAGCUUCCAAACAGUCAAAUUGGGGAGAUGCUGAGAAGACGUAGACAAGGAGUACUACAAGAAAGCUUAGAGCCUGGAUUUGGUCCAGGAAUGUCACUAGCACCAUUCAGUGGAAUAUCUUCAUCUGAUACAUAUACAGACUUGGGGCCUGGUAGCAGUAUUGACUUAGAUACAUCAAGACCACAAUAUGAAGGAUUAGAUGAUACCCAUAGACCUUCAGUUGAUAAUCCAAUUUAUGAAGAUGAUAUGCCUCCUGUUCAGAAAAAUGUUACUACUUAUGAUGAAUUAAGAAAGAAAAACAGAGAAGAAUAUCAACAACGACGCACAAUGAGUUAUAGUAGAGAACAAGCCAGAUCUGUACCACCUCCUACUACAUCUAGUCCACCACCUGGUUCCGGUACAGCAGAAGGACCCAAAAAUAAAUAUGGAGACGUCUGGGAAUAACUUAAAUGUUAUAAAGUGAUCAGUAUGAACUUACUUAGAAAUACAUAGUAAAAAAAAUACGCAUUUUCUGUUGUU